GACCAUGAGUUCUGUUUCACCAGGGAAGGAACAUGUUCCAUUUCACCAUGAACAAAAUCUCACCCCUAUCCACAAUGAGUAUUUGCCUUUGCAAUUUCAAGGAUUUGUCUACAAACCAGAGAUGUGCAGAAAGAAUUGUGGGUUCUAUGGUAACCCAGCUUGGCAUGGCUAUUGUUCUAGAUGCUGGAUCCAGAAGAGACAGCAGACUCAGCCGCUAACAAAUGGUUUUAGGCAUCACAGUGCACAUUUACUAUGUAAACCAGAUAUGGGUGCAGGUUAUCAACAGGACACCUACCACAACAUUAAUGUCAACAGAAAGCAAAAUGCCUUUGCAGAAAAUGAAGAACAUACUGCAAAAGAUUCUGUACGCCCCCUCUUCCACUCCUACCUUCUUUCUCUGGGUCAAGGAAAUUUUUCAGACUUCCUGAAAGCCCUUCAUAGACCUGAUGCACAAGAGUUACUGACACAUUGCACUAAUUUCAUUCAAUGGAUACAAAAUGCAAAUAAUAUUGCAGUGGAUAAAAAAGCAGAAGAUGUUCAGAAUUUAUAUAGACAAAUUGGGGACCACAUUCCUGAUACAUCAGAGGAAAAAGACCGGCUACUGGAUAAUAUUGAGAAACUGGUCAUGACCCGUAUAUACAAGUCUGUUUUCUGUAUGCAUGAUCCACUUGAGGAGCAGAAAGAUCUUUCACUUCAGAAUCAUAUUAGGUCACUGAGCUGGGUUACUCCUAAGAAUCUUCAGUUUACUUUGUGUGAACAAGAUGAAGAAGUCGAUGAUCAGAUUGCCAGUGCUGUUACAGUUCUGUUAGAAAUGGAUUUUAAGAGAGCCCCACAGGACAAGCUGGCUUGUGUGACAAAGGCAUGUGACCACCUUUUGAGAGCCAUAGAAAUCUCUACAAAGAAGCCAGCCACGACUGAUGACCUUAUAUCUGGUCUUAUCUACAUCACAAUUAAGGCAAAUCCACCUCGUCUUUUUUCUAAUUUGAAGUAUAUCACAAGAUUCUGUAAUCCAAAGAGGCUAAUGACGGGGAAGUGUGCCUACUGGUUUACCAACUUUUGUUCUGCGUCCUCUUACAUAGAGACUUUGAAUUUUUCAUCUCUGGGGCUCACGGAGGAGGAAUUCAAUCAUAUAAUGCAGGAGAAGUCAAAAGGAUGUGACUUUGCUGGAAGCAAUAUACAGAGCACGGUGCAGAAGAUGGAGGAAAACAAACAGCGUUUGGUUGAGCUGCAGUACCGCCAAGAGAUUCUGAUCCAAAAGGCAGAGUGCCUGCUAAGAGAAAUAAAAGCUUGGCCUGUGUCCCUACAAGGUGAGGUCCAGGAAAUCCUGCACAAGUUCCCUCUGGAUAUCAAGCAUCACACAAACUAA